GUAUAGCAGGAAACACGGGGAAGUCAAAUACCAUCUAGCCCAGUUCCUAACAGGACAUGGGGCUUUUGGCGAGUACCUUCAUCGUUUCCGGCGGAGAAAUACGGACAGAUGUCAACUCUGUGGAUUAUCCCCCGAUACGCCAGAGCAUGCGAUCUACGAAUGCGACGCAUGGGAGAGACAAAGACAGGACUUGGCGGUGUACGUUGGUGAACAAAUCAAGGUAGAAAACACCGUGAAAUUAAUGAUGCAGAACAAGGAAAAUUGGAUGAGAAUAGAGGAUGCAGUAACGAAAAUUCUCAAAACCAGAGAGGAAGUGGAAAGGGAAGAAGAAAGAAGAAACGCAAUUUAG